GGAGGAAGGGGGCGCGCAGGAACUUAUUGCGGAGCUGGAGGUGCCAUCGGGCGAUUGCGCCGCAGCCUCGGGCCAUGGGUUGGCCCCGUUUCCCUUCUCCCUUGCGCUGGUGCCGGGUGGUGGUGGUGCGCGAUUUGUAAAGCGAUCCUAGCCAGCCAGAGCCCUGGGUGUGGUGUGUGUGGGGGGGGGGGGAAGGAUCAGGCUGUAGGGUCCAUUUUCCGGUUAGAGAGAAAGAGACCGCGGAGGGUUGCAUUGCACGGAGAGAGAGAAAGCUGGGAAGAUCAGUUGGUGGGGAGGAAGGGUGGGGGGACGGUGAAGAGGAGGGCGAGAAAGCGGACCGUCGGUUCCCUUUCCUGCACGCCCCCCCCCACCUACUCGCAAGGAGCAAGACCGGCGCGCCGACUGCGGCGCCGUGGUGCUGAACGGACAGCGACCGCCGGCCAGCCACGCCUUGCGCAAGCCGAGUUGCGGCGCCCGAGGCCGUCGCCAGGGGGCGCCGCUGCAGGAUUUUGGCAUUGUCUCUUUUUCUCCCGCCCCCCCCCCCUUUCACUCCGGUUUAAAACCCCUUCUAAACCGAGCCAGCAGCCCACCUCUCUCCCCCCCCGCCCCCUACGCCCAGCCUCCACUCCACUCCCUCGCUCCAGGCUGGCCGAGCAACGACCAUCGCAGGAGGAGGAGCCCACGACAGACAGCGGCAGCAUCCAUGGUCGCUUGCAGCGCUGACCCCCAGCUAGGAGGACCUGCUGGAUGUCCCCAGAGAGGCAGCAUGCGCCCCGCGGCAGCCAGGCAGGCAGGCCGGGCAGCAGCUGAAGUGCUGAGAGGGAUGAGCAAGGCGACUGCAUCCCAAUGGCGUCCUCACAGCCCCUGGAACUGACAGUCUUGGGGAAUGUACCUGGGCCCAGCCGGGGAGUCCCAGAAGGGGGACCUUCAGCACCAUGGACAGCUCCUGGCUUGGGCAUUGAGAACGCCUCUUACCAGGGGGAGGAAGAAGAGGAAGAGGAAGAGGCAGAAACUUCCUUCCGGAACCGUCAAGGCACAGGAAGCAGCCUCAGGGAGCACACAGCACCCCCUAGGGGAGACCUCUCCCCACGGUCCGAGGACGGCCCCUUGCCGGACGCAGCAGGCAACUCAGUGGACUAUGGCUUCAUCUUGGCUUUAGUCUUCUUGGUCAGUGGGAUUUUGCUGGUGAUUGUCGCCUACAGCAUCCCGCGGGAGGCGCGAGUCGACCCGGAUUCUGUGUCCGCCCGGGAGAUGGAGAGGCUGGAGAUGUAUUACGCCCACCUGGGCUCCCACCUGGACAAGUGCAUCAUCGCAGGGUUGGGGCUCUUGACUUUGGGUGGGAUGCUGCUCUCCAUCCUGCUGAUGGUCUCCAUCUACAAAGGGGAGCUGUACCGCAGGAGGUCGUUCCCGGCUUCCAGGGCUCCCCGGAAGACUUACGGGUCUAUAAACCUGAGGAUGAGGCAGCUGAAUGGAGAAGGGGGGCAGACGUUGGUCGAGAAUGAGGUCAUUCAGAUGACUGAAGUCACAAACACCAGCCAGAGCUGCUGACGUUUCUUCGUAGGUGAUGUAAGUUGAACUAGAUGAAGGGUCCUCUUCCGACGCUACAAAUCUGUGAUACUAUUCUACAAGUUUAAAGCACUGAGCUCAGAGGAGGAUUUGCUGGGGGGUUGGGGGAGGGGAAAGGUUCAACAUUCAUAUUUAAGUAUAGCUUUGCACCUCAGUGGGGGAACAGUAGAGGAAAUGUCGCCUCUUGUUUAAAUGCCUCUUUCACUUACACACGAAAGGAUGAGGACGGACUUUAGGAAGCCAAAUGUUGCUUUACAUUUUGGCAACUUAAGAAAAGAUUUCCAAGAAAACUCGUGGUCUCCCUCUGAAAUUGUUCUGUGCUACGUACUGCACCACUGCUGUGGUUAAAAAAACCCCACAACUUUUUUUUAUUGAAAAAACUGUUGCACAACCAAAUCGCCUAUGCUGAAGACACAGAGCCAAAGCCACAUUUCAGAGGCCUCUUUGGAAUUCUUUGUAUACUACCAAGCACAGUUUAAGGCCUGUACUUUUGAGCUGGGUUCCUUUGUUCCACUCCUCCCUGAAGCAAACCCUCUUAGCAAUAGUUCCGUCUGGAAGACGUGUGCAACCGUCGCCGCCCCCAGCAAAAGUUCAGAACACGCCCAACCGCUCCAUGGUUUGUAUGAGUUUUCUGGAGCUCCCAAGACCUUGCUGCAACUUUCGCACUUGUGACAUGCUCGGUCUGUCGAAGCAACACCUUCACGCGCAGCCACACAGCCUGACUCAGAAACACACCGCCUUGCCACACCAGCAAAACCUAUUUCCCUGGCCUCGCUGGGAAAAGAACACCAUGUCCAAACUGUUUCUGAGUUGUUCAUGGAAAGCGGGAAGGGAGCAGCGCUUUCAAAGAACCUUCCGCGGUUCUGCUUCCUCGUCAAUGGGUUGGCCCGCCAAGUCGCCUGCCUCGGAUGCAGGGAGGCACUCGCUGCAGUCGGGAGAUACAAUUACGUCUCGAAUGCAAAGCAUGAAACAUUAAUGAAGGCCAGCAUGUGGGCAAUGCAAAUGAAAAUGUGUCAGCAGGAAGUUUAAAAAUGGAUAUUGCUCAGAAAGGUGACCUCUAAAAGGUACAGCUGCCAGUAAAUCCCCCCUCCUAAUAUUUUUUUAAAGUGCCACUCUCAGCUAAAUAUAAAAUGUGCAGCCACAGCCCAGGAAAUGUGUAUCACUCAGUACUGAGAUCAUGAGAAACUGAGGGAAGCGUUGUUCUGAAUGCUGUGCCAUCACUUGCCCUUCAAAUCUGGUCCAUUUGUUGCCCCCAGAAAUUCCUAUAAUUGCUUAUAACUGGAAGCAGGAGGGAAAAAAGUACCGUAUUUUUCACUCUAUAAGACGCACCAGACCACAAGACACACCUAUUUUUUG